CACUGAUACCAAUGAUGGGGCACUAUUCCUCCCACUGACACCAAUGAUGGGGCACUAGGAUCCUCCCACUGAUACCAAUGAUGGGGCACUAUUCCUCCCACUGAUACCAAUGUUGGGGCACUAUUCCUCCACUGACACCUCAAUGAUUAGGCACGAUUCCCUCCCACUGAUACCAAUGAUGGGGCACUAUUCCUCCCACUGAUACCAAUGCAAUGAUGGUGCCCCAUCAUUAGUGUCAGUGUGUGAGGAAUAGUGUCCCAUCAUUUAGUGUCAGCGGGAGGAAUAGUGCCCCAUCAUUAGUCAGUGGGAGGAAUAGUGUGUCCCAUCAUUGGUGUCAGUGGGAAGAAUCAUGUCCCAUCAUUGGUGUCAGUGGGGAAGAAUCGUGUCCCAUCAUUGGUGUCAGUGGGAAGAAUCGUGUCCCAUCAUUGGUGUCAGUGGGAAAGAAUCGUGUCCCAUCAUUGGUGAGUCAGUGGGGAAGAAUCGUGAAUUGUCCCAUCAUUGGUGUCAGUGGGAAGAAAGAAUCGUGUGUCCCAUCAUUGGUGUCAGUGGGAAGAACCGUGUCCCAUCAUUGGUGUCAGUGGGAAGAAUCGUGUCCCAUCAUUGUGUCAGUGGGAAAGAAUCGUGUCCCAUCAUUGGUGUCAGUGGGAAGAAUCGUGUCCCAUCAUUGGUGUCAGUGGGAAGAAUCGUGCCCCAUCAUUGGUGUCAGUGGGAGGAAUAGUGCCCCAUUAGUGUCAGUGGGAGGAAUAG